GGGCGUAGCCGCUGUUUCCGGGUGGGGCGGCAUUGCGGGAGGGACGGUGCGGACACACGUGGAGGAGCUGUGUGGGGUGUUGCACAGAAGCCACCAGCAAGCAGUGGUUGAAAGAUGGAGGAGAAAGAGAAGAAGAAGCAUCGCUCAAAGCACAGUGGGCCAAAGGCAGAGAAGAAAAGGAAACGUUACCUCAACGAGCUGGGAAUAGGAGAUGAGGAGAAUGCACGUAAAAGAAACCCCAAAGCCUUUACAGUCCAGUCUGCUGUGAGGAUGGCCAGGACUUUCCAUAGAACUCAGGAUUUGAAGACCAAAAAACAUCACAUUCCUGUGGUUGACCGGACCCCCUUGGAGCCCCCUCCUGUGGUGGUUGUUGUAGUUGGUCCUCCCAAGGUUGGGAAGAGCACCUUGAUAAAGUGUCUCAUUAAGAACUUCACCAGGCAAAAACUUGUUGAAAUCCGGGGUCCUGUUACAAUUGUUUCAGGUAAAAAACGCAGGCUCACUGUUAUUGAGUGUGGCUGUGACAUUAACACAAUGAUUGACCUGGCUAAAGUUGCUGACUUGGUCCUGAUGCUUAUUGAUGCCAGCUUUGGAUUUGAGAUGGAAACGUUUGAAUUCCUGAACAUUUGCCAGGUGCAUGGCUUUCCAAAAAUUAUGGGAGUUCUUACCCAUUUGGAUACAUUCAAGAACAACAAACAAUUAAAGAAGACUAAAAAGAAGUUAAAGCACAGGUUCUGGACUGAGGUGUACCCGGGUGCAAAGCUGUUUUAUCUCUCUGGGAUGGUUCAUGGAGAGUAUCAAAAGCAGGAAAUCCACAAUUUGGGGCGUUUUAUCUCCGUUAUGAAAUUCCGACCUCUCACUUGGCAAACUUCUCAUCCUUAUAUUCUGGCAGACAGAAUGGAGGAGUUGACAAACCCAGAAGAUGUUCGAAUCAAUCCCAAAUGUGACAGGAAGAUCUCUCUUUAUGGAUAUGUGAGAGGAGCACACCUAAAAAACAAAAGCCAAAUUCAUAUGCCAGGUGUAGGAGAUUUUACUGUGAGUGAUGUGAGUUUCCUACCAGACCCCUGUGCUCUACCCGAGCAGCAGAAGAAGCGUUCCUUAAAUGAGAAAGAGAAACUGGUCUAUGCCCCUUUCUCAGGAGUUGGGGGCAUUGUGUAUGAUAAAGAUGCUGUUUAUAUUGAUCUUGGUGGAAGCCAUGCUCAUGAAAAAGUGGUGGAAGUGAGACCAAACCAUGAACUCGUUCAGAGCCUCAUCUCCACACACUCAGCCAUUGAUGUUAAGAUGGCAUCAAGCAAAGUCUCUCUCUUCAUGGACUCGAGACCCUUGGGCUCAGAAGAUGUAGGGCAAGAGUUUGUGAUGCCAAAAGAAGAGAGAGAGAUGGAUUCCAAGAGUGGGAGAGUUCGUCGGAAGGCAGUGUUUGAGGAAGAGAAGGAAAAUGAUGAUGCAGUGAGUGAUGAAGAAGAUGAUGAAGAAGAAGGAGAAGCAAUGUCUGAGAAUGGAAGCGAUGGUGAUGAUGAAGAUGAGGGUGAGGAAGAAAGUGACAGAGAGUUAUUAGGGGAGGAGAUGGCUCUGGGGAGAGUCAAACGUUUGAAAACAGAGGUGGCCAAGGAAGAAGCUGUGAGUGAGGUGCCAGCGUUUGCAGACAGUGAUGAUGAUCUUGAGGUGAGUUCUGAGGGAGAAGAAGGAAAAGCUGCCCCUGAAGAGAGUGAAAUGGAGGAAGAUGAGGAGGAGGAGCUGGAGGAUGAGCAAAAUGAAAGCUCAGACAGUGAACUUGAGGCUGCAGGCAAGAGAGCAGCUGAGUCUGAGCAGGAAGAAAUAAACAGUGGAGACCCAGAAAUGAGAUCAGGGGUCUCAGAGCGUGGUCUGAAAAGAAAAGCAAUGCUCACUACAGACUCAGGAAACUGCACAGCAGAAGAAGCUUCAGAAUCUGAGACUGAAAACUCUUCCCUUGCUGAAAGUGAUGAUGAAGGAUCACAUGAUGAAUUGCAAGCCCAGGAGUCAGAUGGGAAGGGAUCUAAACACACACAAGCAAGGAAAGCUGAUAGUGUCAAUCAGAGUAAGCAUAAAGCUGCAGAUGAUGAUGUGGAGAAUCUGCUGAGGGAUGAAGAUGAGUAUGAAGAACAAAUAGGUUUUUCUGCUGAAACAACAGGGGCACUUAAGUGGAAAGAGGACCUUACAGAGAAGGCAGCUCAGGCCUUCCUAAGACAGCAACGUUCAACUCCCCAUCUUCGUAAACUUGUGUAUGGAACAGCUGCUGAGGAUGAGGACCCGGAGAGUGAAGAUGCAGGUGAUGAACUUGGAGGUUUGUUCCAUGUCAGCCGUCCAGACAAAGCAUCCAAGCAGAAGGCUAAUGCUCUUGACUGCUCCAAAUUUCUGGUAGAAAAGCCACAAGAUUGGGCUUUAGAAGAGGUUAUGAGCAGUAUUCGGGACUGCUUUGUUACUGGGAAGUGGGAAGAUGAUAAAGAUGCAGCCAAGUUGUUGGAGGAAGAUGAAGAACUGUACGGGGAUUUUGAAGAUCUGGAAACUGGUGUUGUGCACAAAGGAAAGCCUGCUUCUGAAGAAGAUGAGUCUGGAAGUGAAGAAGAGGAGGAAGCUGGAAAAACACCCAAACCAGAGCCUGAGGAGGAGGAGGAAAAGAAAAAGGAGCGCAUGGACAAGAAACGGAAACUGAAAGAAAUGUUUGAUGCAGAGUAUGAUGAAGGGGAUGCCACGUACUUUGAUGACCUUAAGGAGGAAAUGCAUAGACAAGCACAGCUUAAUCGAGCUGAAUUUGAAGAUCAAGAUGAUGAAACCAGAGUGCAGUACGAGGGCUUCCGGCCGGGCAUGUACGUUCGGAUAGAGGUUGAGAAUGUCCCGUGUGAAUUUGUCCUGAAUUUUGACCCUCAUUAUCCCAUUAUCCUGGGUGGUUUAGGCAACAGCGAAGGAAAUGUUGGAUAUGUACAGCUGCGCCUGAAAAAGCACCGGUGGUAUAAGAAGAUCCUGAAGACACGUGAUCCUUUAAUCCUCUCAUUAGGGUGGAGGAGAUUCCAGACGAUCCCAAUGUUCUACAUCGAGGAUCACAACGGGCGCCAUAGGCUGCUGAAGUACACCCCCCAGCAUAUGCACUGUGGGGCAACAUUUUGGGGGCCCAUUACUCCUCAGGGGACAGGAUUUUUGGCAGUUCAGUCUGUCAGUGGAGCAACGCCUGAUUUCCGGAUUGCUGCGACAGGAGUUGUGCUUGAUUUAGAUAAAUCCAUAACCAUUGUAAAGAAAUUAAAGCUAACUGGUUUUCCAUUCAAAAUUUUUAAGAACACUUCUUUUAUUAAGGGCAUGUUUAACUCUCAGUUGGAAGUGGCUAAAUUUGAAGGUGCAGCGAUUCGUACUGUGAGCGGUAUCCGAGGACAGAUCAAAAAGGCCCUCAGAGCUCCUGCAGGUGCUUUCAGAGCAACAUUUGAAGACAAGUUGCUGAUGAGUGAUAUUGUCUUUGUGAGGACUUGGUAUCCUGUUUCUAUUCCAACAUUCUAUAACCCUGUAACAUCCUUACUGAAGCCAGCAGGGGAGAAAGAUAGUUGGAGUGGAAUGAAGACCACAGGCCAGCUGAGACAUGAGCAAGGCAUCAAAGUGAAACAAAACAAAGAUUCUCUUUAUAAGCCUAUUGUGAGGGAGAAGAGGCAUUUCAACAAGCUUCACAUUCCUAAAGCACUGCAGAAGGCACUGCCUUUUAAGAACAAGCCUAAAACUGUUGAGAAGAAAGGCAAGACUCCAAGAGACCAGUGGAGACCAGCUGUUAUCAGAGAGCCUCAUGAAAAGAAGAUAUCGGCCCUACUCAGUGCUUUGAGUACUGUGAAUAAUUACAAGGUAAGGAAAGCCAAAAUGAAACAUAAGGAGCAGCUUAAAGAGUAUCUCAAAGUUAAGCAGAAGGAGGAUGAGCAGAAAUUCAAGCGGGAGAAGGAAGCUAAGAAAAAAAUCUAUCGGAUCCUGGGACAGAGGGAGAAAAAGAUGCAAAAAUCAAGCUUGAAAGGAUCUAGUAAAGGAGAGAAGAGUUGGUAAAAUUUCAUCAUAUUUCAAGCCAAAUGAGGAAAUAGGGGAAGCUGUGCAAUUUUCUGCUGAAGGAAAAAAAAGGCAUUGGACUUUAUUAGGUGUGCAUUUAAGAGAAGAAAAAAAACACUCGUGAAUCCAUUUGGCAAUGUAUAUAAAUAAGAUGUGGAAGUAUGAAUUGCUUUUCUACAUUAUAUUUUGGAGGACUUUGUAUUUCAGUAUAUUUCUAUCCAUACUGCACGUUCUAACUAGGCAAUAAAGUAUUUUAUUGUAAAUUACA